AAGGACGGAUUGGAUGUUGGGGAGAACACCAACCUGGGCGAUCGUCACACCUCCAAGAAGUUUGUUCAGCUCCUCGUCGUUGCGGAUGGCAAGUUGAAGGUGACGGGGGAUGAUUCUGGUCUUCUUGUUGUCACGGGCUGCAUUGCCUGCCAACUCGAGGAUCUCGGCGGCCAGAUACUCGAGAACAGCAGCCAAGUAGACUGGGGCUCCAGCACCGACACGCUCGGCGUAGUUACCACGGCGCAGAAGUCUGUGCACACGGCCGACUGGGAACUGAAGCCCAGCACGUGCUGA